AUGACUCGCCCGUCCGAGACUGCUCCGCUGCUCGGCUCCUAUGAGCCAAAGCCCAGCGAUCACGAGGAUCGAUUUCGAGAUCGCCCUAUCCACCUCAACGAGUUCAAGCGGAACGUCCGCAUCUAUAAGGCAUUCCUCGGAGUGCUGCUGCCGCUCUACCUUUCGCUCGAGGUGCUGCAUCUGGUCAGCCAUCAUGGCCUGGGAGACACUUAUGAGAGUAUGGAUGUGAUUGGCAGUGGCGUAACCGUUGUUCUCACUUCUAUCCUGCUGGCUUUUUACAUCCUCACCGUCUUUCGACGCAUCCACAUUCCUCGGUCAUGCAGCUUCCUCACCGACAUCCUCGAUCUCAAGCUGCACUCCACCUUUGUCAUCUCAGCCUUCUUUGGCGCCCUCUCCUGCCUCCUCCUUACCAUCUCGCCCAGCAUCUACUAUGCCUUUUCGCACUAUACGCUGCGCCAGCCCGGAGCGGAACUCGGCGGGAUGUCAACGCGCAGGUCGGUCAAGCUGGGUGUUCUGCUGGCGACCUUGCUAUCGGCUGGCCUCGUGCGUCGAGGCCCGCUGGUGCGCUAUGACCAAGCCAAGUUGGCGACUGGAUUCGGUAUCUCAGCUACCGAUGAGGAGGUGGUCCAGGGAUCCAACGUGAUUGACUGGGAGGGAAGCUCGAUGUUGAAGCUGAUCACGCUCUUGGAUCAACUACAAAACAGCGAUAUUCCCCAUCUCGGCGAGGCUGUCCGCAUGGCCGGCGUGAACCCCACUCUCUUUGCCGACACUGCGCUGAAGCUCGGCGAGAAGCGUACAGUCACCGGAUGGCAGGUGUUGAAGAUGGCUUGGUGGCCGAGGAGAUGGAUCUUGAUCAUUUGCAUCUUUCUCGAGGCGUUCGGCAUGUUGUUUAGCUUUCUCCAGAUCUUUGCCAUGUUCGAGUUGAUCAAGACUUUCAACCAACCUUUCGGCGACAACACCUACGCUUACCUCCUCUGCGGCUGUCUCUUUGUCGGCCAGGUCAUGGAGACGAUGCUCUCGGCUAUGGUCUGUGCAAUUGAAAAGUACGAAAUGAAUGAGCCUAUCCGCAUGUACCUGUGCUCUUUGAUCUUACGCACCGCCGACGUCAAGGCGAUGGACGCUCAGCACCUAUCGGACGAAGAUCGGGAGAAGAACAAGGGCAGAAGCCAGAUUCUCAAUCUCCUCAUGAUCGACUCGGAAAAGAUCAGCACCAUGGCGUCUAGGUUCUGGAGCAUAUCGAAUGCGGCUAUCUCUUUGAUUAUUGGCGGGAUUUUCCUAUACACUAUGCUUGGCGUCAGCGCUCUAGCCGGAAUCGCCUGCAUCCCAGCAACGGCGCCGAUCGCUUACUGGAACGCGAAGAAGAUCUAUGAAUGCGACAAGGUGUGGCUGCGCACCCGAGACGCCAGAACCUCAGCCACCAAAGAGUUUCUCACCAGCAUUAAGCCCAUCAAGCUGAACGCGUGGGAGCCGUACUUCCAGCGGAGGAUCCAGCUACUCAGGCGGACGGAGAUCAUAUGGCAAAGGUGGCGCUUUACCCUCGGAACCAUCUUCAACAUCAUCGCCGACCAAGCUCCGGUCCUUUCGGUUGCGGUCAUCUUUAUCGUCCAUACCAAGAUCAUGGGGCGGACCCUCGAUCCGGCGACUGGCUUUGUCACUUUCAACAUAUUCAACCGAGUCAAGGACGCACUCAGCUCUAUCCCCGACACCAUCCAAAGCGCUCUCCAGAUCCGAGUCUCGCUCAACCGCCUCGUCGUGUUUUGGAACGAGCCCGAGAUCGAUCUCAGCUCGGAUGACGAGGCAGACGAGCCAAGAUUCGACAAGGCUACAAUUACCUGGCCAUCGGCAGAGGGCGACACUCCGGCCUUCCGACUUCAAGACGUGACCAUGACCUUACCGAAGAACGGCUUUACGCUCAUUUGCGGCUCGCUUGGAUCAGGAAAAUCUCUCUUUCUCCGCGCACUUCUCGGCGAAGCAGUGAUCGAGUCUGGACGCGUCUUUGCGCCUCGCAGCAAACCGGACACCAUCCCCAUCACCACUUCCGACCGCUCGUGGACCACUGAUACCUGGCUCCAGGAUACAGUUGCUUACGCCCCGCAGCAAGCGUAUAUCCGGCACGGGACAAUCCGGGACAACAUCCUCCUCGGCCAGCCGAUGUGGCGGGCGAGGUACAAUGAGGUCUUGGCGCAGUGCUCUUUGUUGUCGGAUCUGGACGUGCUGGAUGAGGGGGACAUGACGGAGGUCGGAGAGGGAGGGGUCACACUGAGCGGAGGACAGAAGGCUCGCUUAAAUCUCGCUCGGUGUAUCUACUCUCGAGCAAAGACGGUCCUUCUUGACGAUAUUCUCUCGGCGGUCGAUGCGCAUACGGCUCAGCACAUCCUGGCGGAAUGCUUCCAAGGCUCGCUCGUCCGAGACCGCACGGUCAUCCUCGUCACCCAUCAUGUCCGGCUCUGUCUCCCCGCUGCAGACUUUGUCGUCACUCUCGACCAGGGGCGAGUACAGCAGGCAUGCGCAGCUGUCGAAGUUGUGCUUGAUGACCACUCGGAGCCGACCAGCCCCAUCGCUCAGCGUGCCGCCCUUCCUGCGCUGAAAGAAAGGGAAGACCGGACCUCACGCAACGUCUACACCAAGGAAGUCCGCGCGAUCGGCCGAGUCGCGUCCAAUCACUACCUACUCCUCCUCACCGCCGCGGGCGGCAUCGGCUAUUGGUCCUUUAUGCUCGCCCUGACACUCGGCGCGCGCGGAGCUGAGGUCGUCCGCCAGUCCCUCCUCGCCGACUGGACCGCUCAGAUGGACAACACCCACGUCGACCACUAUAUCAAGCUUUACAUCGCGUACAGUCUGGUCUCGAACACCUUUGGCGGUACGCGAUGGAUAUGGCUAUAUGGAGUGGGGAAUGUAGGGAUGUACAAUCGGGGGUGUCGGCUCAUACAUGAUCUGUUCUUGGACAGGCUUUGCAAGGCGCCACUGCAGUUCUUUGAGAGCACGCCAACGGGUCGACUGUUGAAUGUGGUGGGGCAGGAUAUCUGGAAGAUUGACUCUGGGUCUGGAGACGAUGUUGGCCGUCUGCUCUUCCAGGCGACGACGUCCAUCACCUCCAGCAUGAUCUUGUGCUAUUACCAGCCGCGUCUCCUCGUCAUUCUUCUGAUCCUCGCCGUCCCAUUCUUCUUCGCCAACAGCAUAUUGCGGAAGCUCAGAGCAGAUGUCCGUCGAGCAUGCCUCGUCGCUUAUUCGCCUUUGAUCUCCCUGUUCAACGAUACUAUCGACGGAGUGGUCAUGGUCAGAGCAUUUGGUCUCGGCGCAGUCAUGAAUGAAGCUCUCAUCACUCUGACGAACCAAGAGAAGAAGUGUUGGGUCGCGGACUGGCACACCUUCCAAUGGGCCAGGAUUGUCAUGCAGUCCAUGACCGCUGUCGUCAUCACCGCUACCGGUGUCCUCCUCGUCCAGACCGACAUCUCCGCCUCCAAAGCAGGCUUCAUCCUGUCUUUUGCGCUGAUGGUGUCUUCUGGUCUAUUUGACCUUCUGGAACGAGCGACCAAUACCGAGCAGACCUUUGUCAGCGCUGAGCGGCUCAAUACAUAUAUCGAAGUGCAAACCCAGGAGCCUCAAGGAGGGGUUGUACCUCGCGCAUCCUGGCCGGAGAAGGGCGAUAUUACCAUCCGGGACCUGCGUGUCAAGUACGCUGAGGACCUGCCGGAGGUACUCCAUGGUGUUUCGGUGGAUAUACGAGCGGGCGAAAGGGUUGGAUUGGUUGGCGCUACGGGGUCUGGAAAGUCUACUUUGGCGCUGAGUCUGUUCAGAGGUAAUAUGCAGAGUGGCGGGUCGAUCGAGAUUGAUGGGGAGGAUAUCUCGGACAUUGCUCUGUCAGAGCUCAGAGGAAGACUCAACAUGGUGGUGCAAGAUAGCAACCUCUGUUCGGGAACCUUGAGGGACGCGCUGGACAUCACCGGCUCAAAGAGUGACCAAGCGAUCUUUGAUGCGCUCCGACGAGUCCACCUCAUCUCACCGAGCACUGGAGACGAAUCCAACCCGUUCACCAAUCUCGACACAUUUGUCGCUGUUGAAGGAGCCAACUUCAGUCAGGGACAGAAGCAGCUGCUUUGUCUUGCUCGAGCUUUGCUGAAGGACGCGAGGAUUCUGGUCAUGGAUGAGGCUACCUCAUCGGUGGACUUUGAGAUGGACGCCAAGAUCACCUCGACGAUCAAGGAGUGCUUUGCCGGGAUGACCAUGUUGGUCAUCGCUCAUCGCCUGGCCACCAUCAUGCACUUCGAUAAGGUCAUUGUACUCAGCGCGGGCAGAAUUGUCGAGGAAGGGCGACCGGUGGACCUGAUCGCUGAUACGUCUUCGGCGUUCUACGGCCUGUGUAUGGCGCAAGGCAAAGAGGAGUUUGACAAUCUUGCUGCGAUGGCCAAGGCGUAA